AUGGAUUUGAAUGUUGAGUCUUCCAUUAGUACUACACAACUUAACACCAAUAUUGUUGUGGUCAAGGCAGAGGAUUACUACAUCCGUUUUCCAAUGAAGAACAUUGAUGAUAUUCCAGAUUACAAUGAUGAAAUUGGUUUGUCCAUCAUUGCUAUUGUCAUCGAUUUUGAUUUAAACGAAGGCUGGUAUUCCUUUUAUUGUCGUGACUGUUCAAAAAAAGUAAGUAAAAAUGAUGAUGAUACUAAUGAUGAACCAUUUACUUGUGAUGGUUGUGGUGGAGUUUCUGAUGUUUACAGCAAGAUGAGGGUCGUAAUUCGUGUUCAAUAUGAAACUGGGUCUGCUUCCUUUGUAUUGUUUGACCGUUACGUUAAAGAUAUUAUUCAUCGUGGUAAUCAGUGGUUGAUGGAAAAGAUAUCAAAGAAUUGA